AUGAAAAAAGUAGAGUCAAUCAACUAGAUUGAAAAAGUUAAUAAAACCAAAGAGAUUUCAUAGAAUCCUGGUACAAAUGUCUUAAAUGAUAAGUUUUUUUAAUAAAAUUAUAUUAGUGAUCAUUCAAAUGCGAUGGAAACUCCUGAAAAAAAAAAAAAGUUCAGCGUUGACAGAAGUUAGAAAUAGCGUCAGAGUUCCUUCGAAUAAUUCAAUCAAAUCCAAUUUCACGAGUAAAAUAACUAAUUUAUUUUGUAGAGAAACAUUCCCUUAAGACAACAAUAUUAAUAAUUCAAAAAUGUCUGAAUAUUCAUUAGAAAGUAUUGAAAGAGAAGACAUGAUUGAAGAUCGAGUAAAUCGCCAUACACUCCAUAAAUCUAUUCAUAACUAUUAGAAAUUAAUAUAAUCAGCUUCACAUUAACUGAUUAUGUAACAAAAACCAGAACCAGAACCUGAAAAGUAAGGAAUAGCUAUAAAUCUUAUGAAUGCUUUCAAUUAGCAUCAAGAAGUAUAAGCGGAAUAUUUUAAUGAUAUUGAGUAUGAGAAAAUCAUACGAAGACAUAAAAAAUUAAUAGAAAGAAACACAAUGAAAGAUCCUUAUUACGUUAGAUUAGUGAAAUUGUCAGAAUUUUAAAGAUUAAAUUAUGAGUUGCAAGUAAAUUUUUUUUUUUAUUUAGAAAUAUAAUGACAAUUUGGCUCUAUUAAAACUGAGAAAAAGCUUUAUUUAUGUCAUAUAUGGCAUUCCAAUAAUGGCAAGAAAAAUUGUAAACAAUUUUAUUUUUAAAAUAUUGAUGACAUUUCUUAUCUUAUUUAAUGUGAUAUUGUAUAUUGUAGUUAAAACAAAUGGAAGAACAGAUACAGAUCAUAUAGAAGAGGUAGUUACAAUUUUAUUUCUUUCUGAAAUUGGAUUAAGAAUUAUAGCAAGUGGAAUCUUUUUUAAUGAUUAUGCAUUUUUUAGAAAUAUGGAAAAUAUUUAUGAUAUUGUAUUAAUAGUUUUUACAGCUAUGAAUCUUUACUAUCCAGAAAUCAUAAUUAUAGAUAUAUCACCUUUAAGAUUAGUAACUUUGUUAAUGUAUUUGACAAAUAUAUUUCAGGGAUUAAAUGUAAUGAUGACAGCCUUAAAACAAUCAGUAAAAUAUUUGAUAGAAGCAUUGAUGAUAGUGAUUUUAUUUUCAUUGAUAUUUGCAUCAAUGGGAAUAUUUUUAUUUUAGGGUUUAUUUAAUUAUAGAUGCUAAUAUGAAAAUGGUGAUGAGACAGAUGGAUGGAUUCAAUGUCAUAUAGAUUAAUGUCCAGAUGGUAUGAAAUGUAUGUAUAGUGAAUAUACUCCAAAAAUGCCAACUUCUUUCAAUGAUUUAAUAGGUUCUUUGGGAUAGAUUUUAAGAACUAUUACAAUGGAUGAUUGGAGUUGGGUAAUGUUUUUUACAAUGAGAAUAUUUCAUCCUUGGAUUUGGUUGUAUUAUUUAUUGAUCAUUUUUAUUGGAGGUUUUUUUGGAUUUAAUAUUGUUAUUGCAGUUUUAAAAGUCCAUUAUGCAGAAGCUACAGAAGAAAAUAAAAAAAGGGAAGAGGAAAAAGAAAUUGAAAAAAGAUUAAAAGAAGAAAAUGAAUAUCCUGAAAGAAAUUUAUUAGAAAUCUUAGAUGUAGCACAUUUGAGAGAAAUUGGAAUCUAUAAAGUAAUUAAAAGAUAUAGGAUCCAUUUAAAUGAACCAACAAUUAAAAAAUUUAUUAUUGAAGAUCCUAAUAGCUUUAAAAAAUCAUAUUAGACUACUAGAACUCUAUCAGCUAAAUAAAGAUAAUUGGAAAGCGGUAUCAUUAAAUUACCAUUUAUCGAAUAUGUAACAAGUUUAACUUGGAAAAGGUUCCUUUUACCUAAGUUUGAUAUUUUAAAUGCUCUAAUUAAAAAAAUAAAAACUAAAAAUUAUACUGAAGAUGAAUUCAAUAUUAAAGUUAUUGAAAAACUUAAAACUAUUCAAUUUUCAAGACUUUAACCUUAAGUUAAUCUAUAAGUUAAGCAAAACUUUAAUUCUUAAAAUGAUAUAUUACUAAAAUUAAUGUACUUAUUAUGUUAAUAUUUUUAGCGAUUAAUAAUAUUAAAUUUAAAAAGAAAAAAACUUUAAUUUAGAAAAGAUAAGAUCUUUAAAAUUCAAAAUGAUUUAUCAUUAAAUUAAAAUUGAGAAAGAAAAACUAUAUGGCAAAACAUAAUUUGCAAAGUCUAGUUUCCCCACCAAGAGUAAGCCAUAAUUUUAAUUUAUGAGUAAGAAUUAGAAAAAAAUUGAGUAGAGCACAGAUUCUAUUGUUAACUUUGAGAGAAAUGAAGGAAAAUCAUCAAAUAAAAUGAAAGCUUCAUAAAUUUUAGAAACUAAAUAUAGAAAUUUCUCAAUUUUUAGAAAUGGAUAACCUUAUAUUUUUGUUUAAGGAUAUUACACUAAUUAUGAAGGAGUUCAAGAUAAAAUUAAUUAAAAAAUCCCAUCAAUAAUUCAUAAUUAAGUUUCCAACAAAUUUAAAUACUAAAGCAUGAGAAUGAAAGAAUACUAAAAUCAUAAAACAAUCUAAAAGCAUAAUUGGUCUGGUAAAGAUGUACUUGAAAUCAAUAAAAAUAGAUUAAAAUAUUUUCAAUUAGUUUUAUUUAUGCUUAAUAAGGCUGAUUUCAUUAUAUGGAUGAAAGGAAUAAAGGGAUUUUACAUAAUGUCUUAAAAAUAUGCAUAUUUAACUGUGACAAGCAGAUUUAGUCAAUUUUUCUUUGAUUUAGUAAUUCUUAAUAAUUUUACUUUCUUAUCCCUUUAAGGAAUAGUAGAUAUAAAUAUAAUUUCAGUUGUUGAAGAUAUCUCAACAAUGUUCUUAUGUUGUGAAUUAAUGAUGAGAUUUUUUGGUUUUAAAUUGAAAGAUCUUAUUAGAUCUCCAGAUUUAAUUUUAUAAUCUACUAUUGUAAUAAUUAAUUUUUUUGAAUUCACUAUGAGUGAUUAUAUGACAACAUUUCUAAAUGAACAAAAUUUAAGAUUAAUUAGAGGAACAAAAUGUUUAUUAUUUUAUAGAUGUUUAAAAUAUAAUAAAAUGGCUAUUACUAUAGGUCAUAUUGCAUCUAUGACUUUUGAUUAAUACAUUUAUUUAGCAUUUUUGAUGUUUUUAGUAAUAUUUAUGUAUGCAUUAACAGGGAUGGAAAUGUUUGUUGGUAAGUUUGAUUAAAAUGAUUCUCUUGGAUAAUUACAUUCUUAUGAAAAUAUUUUUAAAUCAUUUAUGACAAUCUUCAAUAUAAUGACAAAUGAUGAUUGGUAUGGAGUAUAUGUAAUUGGAAGUGAUAUUAAUUUCACAUUUUCAAUUAUCUAUUCAUUUUCUUUAGUACUAAUUUUGAAUUAUUUAACUUAUGGUUUAGUUAUGGCUGUUUUAUUGGAUGGUUUUGGAAAAUAUUUAGAUUAACCUAUAGAAGAAAUUCAAAAUGAAAUUUAGAAGAAUAUUAAUGAAUAAUUAUAGCAUAUAACAUAAAAUUCAGAUGAAAUAUAGAUGUAGUUAAUGGAAAGUAUUUAGGAGCAGCCAGUAAUGACAAAUAAAAAUAUUUAAAAUGAUGAAACAAAUAAAAAUAAACCUAAUUUAAUAUAUAAUUUAAUAAAAUCUAUAAGUAUAAAUUUAAUUUAAGACUUUAGAAUAAAUUAAUAGAAAACUUUUAUUAAGAACGCCUCAAUUAUAUGAAGGAAUAGAAUGCGAAUCAUCUUUAUUUUUUUUUGAAAAAGAUAAUAUAUUUCGUAUUGCUUUGACACAUCUUACUACAUCGAUGGUAUAUAUAUAUAUAAUGGAUAUAAUAACAUAUCUUUCAAUAAUUGCUUUCAUAUUAAAAACUUAUAAUGAUUAUGAAGUAGACAGUGAAACAUAUCCAGACACUCUAUAAUUCUCUUGUAAUAUAAUAUAAUUGGCAGAUACUAUAUUUAAUAUAAUAGCAAAGGGAUUAUUUAUGGACUAAGGAUCAUAUUUAGUAUCUACAUUUUAAGUUUUAGAUUUUAUAUAUUAAGUUUCUAAUAUUAUAGCAUUUGGUAGUAAUCCUGAAGAUUUUAAGCCUAUUCUUAAAAUCCUUUUAUAUUUAGGUUAUUUCAGACCAAUGAAAUUAAUGUAUAGAUUAAGUUGGCUUACAAAUUUAAGAGAAGCUAUUGGAAGAUCAUUAUUUGAUAUACUUAAUGUUUUAAUAACUUUAUUAUCAGUUUGGAUAAUGUUUGGAGUAUAUGGAAUAAUACUAUAUGAAUAAUAAUUUGGAUAUUGUGAAGACAAAAUGGUUUUUGAAGUAAAUAAGGAGACUUGUUUAAAUGAAGGUAAAAUUUGGGUGAAUUAUAAACAUAAUUUUGAUAAUAUUACUAUUGCUAUUCCUACUUUAUUUGUAACUGCAACUUUAGAUGGUUGGGGAGAAAUAUAUUAAGUUGCUGAAAAUAGUUAAGUUGCAGAAAUAGGUCCUUAAGGAUUUAAUUCAUAUGUAAUAACAUAUAUUUUCUUUUUACUUUUUGUUUUCAUAGGAUCAAUGUUUUUUUUGAGUUUAUUUACAGGAGUACUAUAUACAAACUUGAAGAAAAAUUAGAUGGAAAUAGAAAAAUCAGAACUCACUUAAUCAUAAAAAGAAUUUAAAGAUAUUUCAUCUAUGUUAAUAAAGGAUUUUCCACAAUUUUCAACUCCACCUACUCAUGGAAUAAGAAAAAUUUCUUCUGAUAUUACAAGUAGUGUUACAAUUUAAAAAUGCUUAUUUUUACUUUUAUGGGUUGAUUUUAUAAUAUUAUUAAUGUUUACAUCAGAAAUGAAUGAAGAAUAUUUUAGAGCAAUUAAUGAUGUUCAUAAUGGAUUAAGUGUUAUAUAUUUUUUUUGGGUUUUAUUAUUAUUUUUGGCUUUAGGAGUGAAUAGAUUUUUUGAUAAUUAUUGGAGAAGAUUUUAUUUCUUUUUAAUUGUAAUAGCAAUAAUAGAUUUUAUAGCAGAUUAUUCAAUUGAUUGGAUAAUGAUAUAUUAUAAAUCAACUCCAAAUGAUAAAGGAUUUUAAUUACUUCGAUUAUUCUUUUCUUUAAGAAGUUUAAGAAUUAUUUUAAUAUUUUAAGGAUUUAUAAAUUUAUAAAGAUUAAUAAAUGUUAUACUAUUUGCUUUACCUUAUUUAGGUAAAAUAUUUGCUAUUUUAAUAAUCACAAUGUUAGUUUUUGCUUUAUUCGGUUGUUAAUUAUUUGGUACAAUAGAUGCUGGAUAAGUAUUAGAUGAUUAAUUAAAUUUUAUGACAGCUGCCACUGCAAUGAUGACUUUAUUUAAAUGUGCUUCUGGUGAUGAUUGGAGAACAAUAAUGACUGAUACUAUGCAUCAUAAUCCUUUAUGUUGGGAAGAUCCAAAAUAUUGUGGAUCAUUUGCAAGUUAAAUAUAUUUCUUUUUAUUUAUGUUUUUUUCCACUUAUGUAUUAUUAACUCUCUUUUUAUUAAGUUUGAUAGAAUAAUUUGAAUCAUUUUUCCAAAUAUAAGAUUCACCAAUUUAAUCAUAUGUAGAAAAUAUUGAUAAAAUCAAAACAAUAUGGUGUAAAUACUCAUCAGAAACUUAAGGAUAAACAAUGCAUUAUAAAUUUCUAUGUAAAUUUCUAUUAGAUAUUGGAAAACCUUUAGGUGGAGGAGAAGAAGAAAAUCUUUGGGAUGUUGCUAAAAUAGCUUCCUCAUUUAAAUUAAAAUGGUAUUUUAUUAUAAUCUAUUACUAGUGAUCAUUAUGGCUACAUUUAAUACAAUCAAUUGAUAUAUGAAUUAUUCAGAGUUAAAUUUCAUUCAGAAGUAUUUAAAGAUGGUACUCCUGAUUCUAUUAAAUCAAUUAAGUAAUUUAGCAAAGAAAUGUAAUUACGUUUGAUGUAUUACAGAAAAAAUAAAAAUAUUGAAAGAUCAAAUAUUAGUGCUUCUCUUCAAUUAAAAGCUAAUUUUAAUAUUCUUCAUGAUUAUCUAACUGUUUUAAUUCUCUUUAAAACUUGGGAAUCUUACAGUAAAGUACUAAUCAAAAAAUUAGCAAUCAAACAAAAACAAUUUUCUGAUGAUGCCAUAUCUAUGGAUAGUGAACUAUAAUAAAAGUAUUUUUAUUAUUUUUUAUUUAAUUAGCAAUAAUCAAAAUGUAAAUCAUUUAAUUGAACCAGAAAUGUUUGAAGCCUCUUGUGAAGAAGCUACAUUUAAUUUUAAUUUAAAAAUCAAAAAACACCACAUUACAAACGAAAGUUAAAAUCUAUCAAAUCUUGAAUUACCUAUAUAUAAAAGUGCAUCUCCAUAAUCUAUUCAGGAUGAAGAUAUUAAAAUUCUAUUUUCUGCAGUUGGAGAAAAGCAACCUAUCAUGUGA